AUGGACUUGGUUUGUCCCAUCGAGCACCUUUGCUACGUUCGUUGCACCUACUGCAACACUCUUCUUGCGGUUGGAGUUCCAUUCAGGUGGUUGAUGGACAGAGUGACUGUGAAUUGUGGUCACUGCCACCACUUGUCCUUUCUCAGUCCUGGAGAUGUAGUGCAGUGCAUUUGCCCCACCAGCCACCUGCAGAUGAGUCUUCAGGGUCCUUGCUUUGGCUCAAGGAGAGAACCACCUUCACUGCGGAGAUCAUCGACUUCAGGUGAGCAGUUCAGGAAAGCACCAUUUGUUUUGUAUGAUGUAAAACACAGAGCACCAUCAGCUUACAAUCACUUCAUGAGAGAGGAAAUACAGCGAAUCAAGGCAGCCAAACCUGACAUACCUCAUCGAGAAGCCUUCAGCAUGGCAGCAAAGAAUUGGGCUAAUUCUGAUCCGCGCAACUCAUCUGAUGUUUAG